CUCGGCAUUCGCAGCAUCACCCUUUACACUGCACAGUCAUAUUUGGUCCUCCGGAAAUAUCCUCAGCACGGAAAUAUAAAUGGGUAUGCCCCAAAAUGGAUUCUCAGUUGGCUUCAGUCCUGACCAGUGGCAGCCUGGAUGUCCAAAAUGGCAGCCAGUGUGCAGAGGGAUCAGGGCCAGUGACAGAGGUUUGUUUGGACCCAAAGGAAAAAACCUCACCCAGUACUGUACCAGGUAACCUCCAGCCCUGCUCUGUCAAAGCAGCAGUGACCAUCAGGCAAGAUGCUCUAUCAAUCAAUGGGAAAAAGCCAGAGGUGGGCGGGACUUCUAAGCCAGCCUCUCAGGAAACAAGCAAGAUUGGUGGGUUCAGACAGCCAAUUACAGUAAAGACUGGAGUGCCUGUGUUGCGCAGCCGACCAAUCAGACUCAAAAUUGUUGUUCCCCCACGGUGCAAGAAGCCAAUCACAAACUCUGCCAUCAGCCUGACCAAAGACUUUGCUCGCUCACAUUUUAGAAGACCUGUUUCGGUCGCAUCUGGAGCAGUGAUCACAGAAAAAAACAGAAGUAAAAUCCAAAUAUCUGCUGUUAAGGUUAAAGAAGAAAUCAAGGAAGUUACUUAUCAAAAGACUGAGGACGCUAAACCAGAAUCAUUCCAAGAGACAGAGGCAGAGAGAGGGGAAAAAAUGUGCAAAGAGAGACAUGUUUCAGGUGCUAAAAUCACCCUCACUGAUAGGUCAGAAACUCCUUUAAUUUCUAGCACAGCCACAGUUAAAAUACUGAGUCAGCAAGGCAUUAAAGUGGAAAUGACAGAAAGAGAAAUUGAAGAAAAUAUCCCUCUAGAUUUGCAUGACGUGGACUUGAAGUCUUGUAAGACGUUUGAUGAGGUGGGCAUGGAGGAACAGACCGAACCACUGGACCUGAGUUUGCCCAAGAAAAAAGAGAGGAGGUGUGGACGCUUUCUGGAGGAUUCUGGCUGUGAGAGCUCGCUGAUUAUGGAGGUAGAUGAAUAUGAGGGAGAAGGAGACCGAGACAUAGUAGAAGAGGACGAUGAGGGUGACGGAGACGGCUCUGUGCUGCGUAUGGACGGCACAGAUACACUCGAGGAAUCUCUCCUAUCUCCCUCUUUCUUUUCUACCUCUGUCUUUACCUCCCUCUCUUCGAUAGAUAGUGACACUGAAAACCUUCUUCUCAUAGACGACCAGGGAAUCCCAUAUACUCUCAGUCCAGACGGACUCAAAGUGCCGCAAGUCGAUGCUUCCACGUCAGAGGAUCCUCAGUCAGAUCAGGCUAAGUCAACAGAGGUGGAAGGAGGGGGGUCACCGCAAUUGGCCUCGUUAGCAUAUCCUAGCCUCAGCCAAAGUAAAGAUAAUGCACUAAAUGCACCUUUGAAUGAUCUUUACGACUCACCAGCGCCUGCGACUGAGUCUCCAUCACUAGGUGUUGAUCAGAAAAAGACUCCAGAAGUCUUCACAAGUUUGAUUACAAACUCAGAUCCCUCUAAGGCUGGAGACUCAAGCAUUAAAUCUGUUCAGGCUGAUGCUGUUCCUCCCCCUUCCUCUGGGAUAUCAGUCCCCACCCAGCCAAUUCAGAUCCUCACAAACCCCUCUACUAACGCCCCGAUUCUCCUCCUGUCAUCCUCCUCUUCUUCUCCUCAGCUCUCUUCCACUCCAGUGGGUCUCACGCUUCCCCUGUCAGUUACUCAGACCUCACCUGGUGCUUCUACUCCAAUGUUCCUUCUCCUUUCAUCUGUACCCUCCUCCUCCGGAGACUCUGCCUCUACCUCCACCCCUAUCGCUGUCCUCGACCCCGCGACUGGUCAGUUGUCCCAGAUCACAGCAGCCUCGGCCCCGGUCUCCCUGCCUUUGCCCUCUGGUCAGGUCAGCAGGCUGGGAUCACCUCUGCCUGCGCUGUCUCACCCCGUCAUCAGACUGAGCCCCAAUAACCCCCCUGUCAUCCUGUCAGGAGUGAAUAAUGUAAACUCUGGCGCUGUUCUCACCUCUCUUGCGGUCCGUUCGUCGUCUCCUGCUCUUCAAAACGACUGUCACAGCACAACUCCCCUCCUUCACAUCAGCUCUUCCGAUUCAAACUCUGGAAGUGAAGCCAUAUCUGCUGAAGAAGUCUCAAAAGAAAACAACAAGCCAUUACCUUUUACAGAAUCCUCUUCGCCCCCACAGCCUGCUAGUUUAACCUUUGACCCCUUAGCUCAGCCCAGCUCGGAGGCCCAAUCACCAGCCUCAGAGACCGAGUUUGACCCGUCUGACCUGCACUCACAUCAUUUACCUCUAGAUGACCAUCUUUAUUUCUCCAGCGCUGCUGCUCCUCCCUCCCCUCCCAUCGGACCCAUUCUCUCCUCUGAUAAACUCGACCCCCUGAAGCCCCUCGACCCCCUAGAUCCACUGGACCCUCUCUCUCCAGCAGCGUCCCCCAACACCAUGGGCCCCCGCAGGGUGCUGUACUGCCAGCUGUGCCCACGGGUCUUCUUUUACCUCUCUGACCUUGAGCGCCACGCCAUCACUCACUCGCAGAAGAAGCCUCAUGUUUGCCAGCAGUGCGGCAAAGCCUUCAAACGCUCCAGCCAUCUGCAGAGACACAAGCACAUCCACACAGGCCAGAGGAACUUUGUGUGCCCCAUCUGCGGCAAACGCUUCAGGGAGGCCGGUGAGCUGCAGCGCCACCAAAGGGUCCACACUGGAGAGAAACCCUACCAGUGCCAACUUUGCCACACGCGCUUCGCUGAGCGCAACACACUACGCCGACACACCAAACGCAAACACCCUUACCACCAAGUAGCCAUGGAAAUGCUGAACGAGAGAAAAGGAGCCGGCCGAGGAGACGGUGAUGGCGGAACCGGAGUGCAGGAGGAAGAAGAGAGUGCUGAAUGGUACAGCUCCACUGUGUCUAAUUUGGAUAACUCAGAGUCUGAAGUAGAAACGUAAAGAGUUGUCUGAACAUAUAGACUCCAAAGUGAAGGGAAGGGAAGGAGGAGGAGGAGAUUAGGACGGUAUCUCUGGUGAGACACUAAACUUUCCUCAUUGAUUAACAUUCAAAAAAGGGAGCACUUGCAAUAUUUAUGUUUUUAAGAUAAUUUAUUUAUGUGAAUGUAUAUUAUUCCCAUUUCAUUUAAAGGUCCAAAAAUACAGCCUUCAGAGUCAUACAGGAUUUCCACAUUAGCUUUCCUGUAUGAAAAAAAUUGCAUAUAUGAAAGGGAAAGCUCAUGUUUUUUUAUGCAGGGGCAGAGCUAGAGAAAUAUUCAUAGGGUGGCAUGGAAACUUAAAGGGGUGGCAGAAAUAUAUGCUGAUUUAAUCACAAUCACACAUAUCAAUAUUUUAUUGGAAAAGCCCCCAAAUGAAGAUAUUUUAACUCAAAAACACAGUUGUGGCACACACCCCUCUAGAUCCAUCCCUGUUUCUAUGCGAGUUCAAAAUAUUAAUUAGACUGCUAACAUGAAGUUGCAUACCCAUACAAUCCAUGAUGUAAACCCUCAAGUGCUCAGAAAAGAAGGAUACGUUAUUUACUCUAAACAAUUCUCUGCUCUUGUUGUAUAUAUGAAGAGUCCUAUUUGUAAGAGCUGCACUUCUGCACUAUAUUAUGUGAAAGAUGUAAUCUAUCUUUCGUACCGUCAGAGACACUGUGAGUCAUUUGCACUUCUUUUAUUUUAACUCAAUAUUCACUUUUUUAUAUUGUGAAAGAAAAUGCUUACUUCUUUUGUUGCAGCUGAUUUUAUGUAUUUAAUUCUUAUCAUGUAAGAGUUUGACCAUAUGUUUUGAUUUAUUCUAACAUAAACACUAUAUUCAGAUUUGUUUUUGGUUUAAUGUGAAUUAUGUUAACUUAUUUGAAUAAAAUUUUGUCAACUGUAACUAAA